ACAGUAUGCAAAGCAUAGCAAAAGCCGGCUGGCUGUGGUUCAAAACCAGGAAGUAAACAAUCUGCUCUACUUUGUCUGUUUUGUGCCCACAAAAGAACUGGCGAACUGAGCACACAAAACAAGACGCAAACAUAAAGACUAACAUCAUGAAGAUUGCCUCCUUUAACAUCAGGCGUCUUGGCUUGAUUAAGCUGUCAGAUGAGAAUGUUGUAAAAUACCUCAUAAAGAUCGUUUCUCGCUAUAGCAUAAUUGUGAUUCUUGAAGUAGUGGACAAGAAAGGAAAGGCCAUGGCUGAAUUCCUGAAAACACUGAACAGCACAGGCGCUAAUAAGAAGCAUCCGUACCGCAUGGAAAAGAGUUCCAGCCUGGGACGCUCACAGUACAAGGAACAGUUUGCGUGUCUCUAUAGACCAGACCAAGUCCAGCUGACUGAGACAUACCAAUAUGAAGACAACCAGGAAGGAGACGAAGACGCCUUCGCCCGCGAGCCCUUCAUUCUGCGCUUCAGAUUACACGAAAAAAUGAUAGAUGACCUGGUGUUGAUCCCAGUCCACACAAAGCCAAAAGAUUCAGAGAAAGAAAUAGAUGAGUUGUAUGAUGUGUGCAUGGCUGUCACUAAGAAGUGGCAGACUAACAAUAUAAUGAUCAUGGGGGAUUUUAAUGCCGAUGGUGCGUACGUCUCCAAGAAGAAGAUGAAAAAGAUCAGGAUCCGUACUGACCCAGACUUUCACUGGCUUAUAGGGGACGAUGUGGACACCACAACCAGACGGUCCAAUGACUAUUCAUACGACAGGAUUGUGGUGCACAAGGACAUGUUGAACGCGGUAGUGCCGAAAUCGGCAAAACCCUUUAACUUCCAUGACGCCUAUAAGCUGACAGAGAAAAUGGCUCUGGAGAUUAGUGAUCAUUACCCAGUGGAGGUGAGCCUGAAGAAGAAACCUGUAACGAAACCCAAAGGCCAAAAAAAGGCAUUGAAGCGUAAAGCAAGCUAAUAAGAAGGAAUGUGGCUUAUUCUCUCUCUCUCUCUCUCUC